UCUCUCCACUCACCCUCCCCAGUAGAAUCCAGCCUGCGAUGCCGUAAUGGUGAUGAAUAAUUAAUACCCAGUGACGGUAGGGGGAUGUAUUCCAGGCUGGGGGGAGUGACCAACCCGGGAUUUCCAAAUUGAAAAAAGAUCAUAACGUCAUCACAGAAGGAGGGAAGAAGAGAACAGCUCCGCAGUAAAUAAGUCAGUAUCUCUUGAGUGUCAACACAGUCAGGAAGCAGUAAAGCCCCACUUGUAGAAUUUGUCUCGUUAUCUAAUCAUCACUGCAUCAAUUGAUCAAAGCUGCAGUGAAUCGCUGAGGAACAUUUUCUUCUUCUUCUUGCCUGUCUCUUACAAACACUUGAAUAUAUUGGCCGACCGCGUACGGACUGAUUUAAACAGCAGCAAAAAAGGGCAGCAUGAGCCGGUCCGUGCGUCAAGAGAGCCCAAUCAGAUAUCCCGACAAGAGGCAAGAACCGCGAGUUGGACCACCUGCUUCCGAGUCCGGGGACAGUGGUGCAGGGUCAUCGCCGCAUAAAACAACCCGCAACAAACAGCAUCUGGAGGGGGUCUUGAAAAAAUACACCAAUUUAUUGCAGGGUUGGCAGUACAGGUAUUUUGUUCUUGACCCCAAGGUUGGCCGACUUGACUACUAUCGAAAUGAACACAGCAAAAGCCAGCAUCCUCCCAGAGGGUCCCUGUCUCUACUCGGAGCAUUGGUUGUCUCCUGUAGUGACUUUCCUUACAUGUUUUCUAUUCAGUCUUCAACUCAGCAAUCCUAUAAACUAAGAGCAUCAAAUGCAGAGGAACAGGAGUUAUGGAUGACACAACUACAGCUAUGUACUCGGUGCCACUCUGACUAUGGGGCUAAGAGAACAAGUGAGGCACAAGUGGAACAAAAGACCCUGGUCAACUCUGUUGAAUCUCUGCCCCCAAGAGCUGGACCUCUCUCCUCUUUGAAUGAGGACUUCCUCUUCUUGAAAGCGACUUCUGCAGCCACUUUGAGCUGUUUGGGAGAGUGCUUCACUUUGCUACAUAAUAAUGUUCGGGCCCACAACCAGAACCAGAACCAUUCAAUGAGUUUGAGCGAGACAGCUUCUGCAGAGAAAGUCAAGUCCUGGAAGCAGCGCUGCAGCGUGAACCAGGUGGAACCCUGUAGCCUCAAGUCAAGUAGUCAAAGCUUCAUUGGUGAGAUCCAAAGUCCUGCAGAUAGUUCAAUUGGAUGGGCCGGAUCCCCUCAGAAGCAGACGACUAAUGAUGUAUCAAAACCACUCAUGUUCAAUAACCAGUCCUGUCAUAUUGAGCAGGGACAAAAGAAGACAAGCAGCCCAGACAGCCUAGAUCCAAGUGAGGAGACAACAGACACGGAAGACAAUGAUGAGGAAGAGCUGGGAGUUCUUGAUGAGCAACGAAGCAUCAUCCUUCACCUGCUGUCACAGCUCAAACUUGGGAUGGACCUGACAAAGGUAGUGCUCCCUACAUUCAUCCUAGAGAAGCGCUCUCUACUAGAGAUGUAUGCCAACUUCAUGGCUCACCCUGACAUCUUCCUUUCCAUCACCACUGGAUCUACAUCAGAGGAACGUAUCGUCCGCUUUGUCGAGUACUAUCUUACUGCCUUCCAUGAGGGCCGAAAGGGCGCAGUGGCCAAAAAGCCCUAUAACCCCAUCCUGGGUGAGACCUUCCACUGUUCUUGGCGCGUGCCUCGGGAUCGCGUUCGAUCCCUCAGAUCCACUAGCUGCGCGAGUCCCAAAUCCGCAGCCAGCUUCACGUCUACGAAUUCAAACUCUUCACAGAGGGGGGCAGAUAGUUGCAGUGGGUUAAAAUCGGACUGUUACCAGGUUCGGUUUGUGGCAGAACAAGUUUCUCAUCACCCGCCUGUAUCAGGCUUUUACUACGAAUGCAAGGAGAAGAGGAUGUGUGUUAAUACUCAUGUCUGGACCAAGAGCAAGUUCAUGGGCAUGUCUGUUGGAGUUUCAAUGGUUGGAGAAGGUGUACUGCAUUUGUCAGAGCAUGAUGAAGAUUAUGUGUUCACGUUGCCUUGCGCCUACGCCCGCUCCAUUCUGGCCGUUCCGUGGGUAGAGCUCGGGGGAAAGGUCACCAUCAAUUGUGCCAAAACUGGGUACUCGGCUACUGUAACGUUUCACACCAAACCUUUCUACGGAGGAAAAGUACACAGAGUAACAGCUGAAGUGAAGCACAACCAGACAGGAAACAUAGUGUGUAAAGUCCAAGGCGAGUGGAAUGGGGUGCUGGAGUUUACUUACAGUAAUGGAGAAAGUAAGGUGAUUGAUACCUCUAAGCUGCCUGUCUUCAAAAAGAAGAUCAGACCAAUAGAAAAGCAGGAACAGAAUGAAUCACGGCAUCUUUGGCAACAUGUAACAGCAUCUCUGAGGGCGGGAAAAAUGGAUGACGCCGCAGAACACAAACACCGCCUUGAGGAGAAGCAACGGAGCGACGGCAAACAGAGAGCUGCCACCAAAACACCUUGGGAACCCAAAUAUUUUAUCAAAGAGGGUGAUGGUUGGGUGUACCACAAGCCACUGUGGAAAGUUCAUUGACCAGAAGCUGGGGAAGCAGUUCUUCACCCCAAGAAACAAGCUGAACUCAAAGCAGAGGGUCUGCCAGUAAUGGCGGGGUGAAAUGAGACACCAAAGACAAUCGGUGAAAAUCAGUCAAAUCAGAUGUGUAAGACCAUCACUCUUUUUUAUGGAGGAAAAAAAGAACAGAUGUGUCACUAUGCUGUAUUAUAACACUGCAUAUGUGAACAUUUUUUCUGGUUUCAUGUCGAAGUGCUUGUAAAAUAUUGAAAAUAAGAUAUAAUUUAGAUGUGUGUUUUGGCUCCCCUCUACUUAUUCUGUAGUGGAUUUAAUUGAAACUUGGUAUUAAGGAAACACUACUAUGUAUUUUCUGAAGGUUGAUUGAAAUAAAAAUUUAAUCUAUGAAAAAAAAUAUCCUUUCUCUGGGAGUGAGUGGUUAUGCACACAUGUUUUGCGCCUGGCGUAUUUGUUAGAAUCAUUAUUACACACGUUUUAAAUUUAUUUGAACAUAAAUUACAAUCAUGUUACAUUACUGUACUGUUUACAGUACUCCUCCUCCUCUUUUUCAGGGAGUGUUGCGGAGGAUAAAACGUAUAUAUUUUUGUUUCAUUUGGGAGUUCCCUGUUUUUCUAUUGAAAUGUGAACUGUUACAGCAAGACUAACGCCCAUAUGUGACAAAUAUGCAAUAAAAUCUUCAAUAAUCCAAACCUGUUUUGAAAUGAUACAGCGGCAUAGUUG